GAAGCUUGCAGUGUAAAAAAUGUAUUUUCCAUCAAUUGGUUAGAGAGUGUAUUUCACCAUUCUAUUUGACAGAAACUGGGCUGAUCAAAAGAAUUUAAUGUUCAGUGAAAUAUAGGUGCUUUAUUUAUUUGCUUUUAUUUGUUGUGUUGGUCUAAGAGGACAGAUAACUCUGGUUCACACCAUAGACUGUAUAAAACUGCGUUCACACGCCAGUAGCGGGUGGCGGUAAUGCACCUUAACACUGUUUGCCACCCGCCGUAAAGCGCAAGAAAGACGAAGAAGAAGAAUAAUCACCGGAUACUCUGCUCGGCCGAUGUGCGUCACACAAAGCAGGGACCCGCGUCUGUUCGUGGGAAGAAUCCAUGUUAAGUCAGCUCCUAAUACCAUGUUUUUAAUAACCCGACAGUAAAUAUUCUGUCCAAAGUGGACUGUUUCGUAACUCGGACCACGAUGUCGGCGGACGAUUUUCAGACGAAGUACGCCUCUGUCAUGGAGAGCAUGCUCAGGAGUGCUGUCGCUGAGACGACGAAACUUUUCGAAACUAUGGUCGACGAGCUGAAGGCUGAAAUAUCCAUGAUCAAGAAGGAGAACGAGGACCUCAAAACAAGAUGCAGCCAAUUCGAAAAUGCGAAAAGCCAACCGUCCGUUCAUACAGGAGGAAGUGAGCCUCCUCCAGGACCAAUAGACGGCUCUGAGAAACGUGAUACAGCUGUUCAAUGUGACCUUGUUCCUUUCCGUACCGUGCUGGUGGAGCAAUGUCAACCAUUGAGGCAUUCAUCGUGGCAAAACCAAGAGCAGCAAUGCGGUUAUGAGGAGAUGGAGCAAUGUCUUCAAAAGGAUCAGGACUAUGAAGAGAGAAAUUCUCUGAUGCCACUUGUCAAAAAAGAAGAGGAAAUUGAACCCACUGUGGUCUGCAGGCAAGGCUUGAGUGAUAAUGCAGAUUCACCACGGGCUUUUACAUGUGGAACUGAAACAGAGGGGUUUCUCAUUAAUCAGGAAUGUUCAAAUGGAGAAAUGACCUUACCUCAAAAAGAUGAAGAGGCCCGAGUAGCCAUGGAACCACUGUGCUCGGUAAUGGAUAGCAAUUUACAAGCCCAGAAACAAUUAUCAGAACCAGGGCAUUCACAAGUCAUUUCACUCGCUGCAGUAAAAUAUGUCAUGGAAGAAGAGUCUGGUGUCAGUCUGAAGAUAUCAAAAAUGAGAACACAGGGUAAACUUGUAACAUCUGCAGAACAACCAUUGGUGGCUGCUCAGAAACUAUCAGAGGUUGAACCACAUGAAGAAAGGCAACUACCAGCGAAUGAAACGUCAAAUAAACAAAUGUAUGUUACUGUGCAACACUUCACAGAAGAACAGUCAGCAGAGACCACAGUGCUAAACAAAGUAGUAGUACAUGAAGAAUUAAAAAGUAGCUCAACAGAAAGGAAAGCUAGUUCCAGGCCUUGGUUGUCAGUAUGCCGUAGAAGAGGAAGAGGACGUCCUCCAAAGAAAGCAAAACAUCUGCAACAACCAGUGGAAGAAAUACAUCAGACACUAUUCACUGAUGUUCCAACAGACCAGGAGGUGCUCAAGGCUCCACCCACUGAAGUUUCAUCUGCAAGUGAAACUCUGAAGACCCCAUCAGCUGAGCCAGUACAAGCACCAUCAGUUCAGCAGAGAGAACGCUGCACCUCAGUAACUCUUCAGGAUGCAAUGCUACUAGUUGAAGCCAUGAAUCAGUCAACAGUGAAAAAUACAUUCUCCUCCCCACAAGGAAUGGCACCAUCACAAAUCCAGUGUGCUCCCUGUGUGGUUACCUUACAAACUGUGGAUGAGGUCCCAGCUGAGUUACUUACUCCUGGAUCCCCACCACAGACACCACCACUUCCUGUUGUAACUCAAGAAGUUGCAGUAGAUAUACAUGUAACAGAGAUGUCCACAACAACACAAUCAACAAAAGAGACACCUUGUGAUGCUUCACAGCCUACAGAUGCCACCGAAUCCAAUAAAACUCAGUCCCAACAACCGCAUGCAGGCACCCCUUCCAAUACUACUAUAUCUCUGCCAUCUUCAACUGCUGCAACUCAAACCAAUGUUGCACUUCAGCAGCACCCACUCCAUCCUCUGAUAACAUUGGCAAUGCCCAGUAAAUCACUGAGUAACACAGUCCCAAAUAAAAUAAUCGUUGUGCCAAGAUCAUCCUCACUUAUGUCACAUACCAUUGCAGCACUGUCCCCAACACAGCUUUCUACUGUUGUGUCAAAAGUUGCUAAUGCACAGAAUAAUAAUUCACUUCCAGCUUCUACAGCUGCAAGCCUUCCUGUUGGAACACCUCCCCUUUCCUCUGUUUCUCAGAAAACGAUAUAUGUUACCUCCAGGAAAUCAUAUCCUGUUGUGACUUCUCAGACAAGCACUAGUUCAACACACCAGCAGUCAGGGACCUUACCAUACCCAAAAGUAACAAUUAUAAUUCCAAGACAGGUGUCAGGUGUGGUAUCAAGGAAAAAGCAGUCACAGGAGACACUUGUUCUGACAACAAAGCAGGAGUCUGCUGAACCAGCUGCUGCUGUCAAGGUGUCAUCACCACUGUUGGUUUCUUCUUCACAGCAGAUAAGCAUUUCACAAAUGGCUUCAGAACAAGAGGCUACAACAUCGUCAGUUGGGGUAGUGCCAAUCAUUGUGUCCCCAGAGGUCCCAUUGACCACUGAACAGAAGCUCUCUGCAGUUGUCAAAUUAAGCAGGCUGCCAUUUCCGAUGUCAACUAAAGAAUCAGUCUUGAUCUCAAGACUGCUUUCAGAUGGAUCUUCGGAAGGUACCACACAAGAGAAACUGUCAUCUGUGGUCAAGUCAACACAAACAUCAAAAAAAACGAUCUCACUGUCAGAGGUGCCAGCACUAUCCACUGACUUUUGUAAAACAAUGUCAGUGGACAAUGUAAAAGAAACUUCUGUCACUGUGUCUGUAUGUGCCUCUCAGAUGUCAGAAGAGCCAAAUGAUAUUCAAGAGAAGGCAUCAUUAUCCUCUGAAACAUGCAUCAGUUUGGAUGUGGCACCUGUGAACGAUUGUGUGCAGCCAUCUACACCAUCCAAGGUCUCAGCACCAGUUUUGGAGAAAUCAGCUGUCAGCACGACUGAGUCUUCAGCUGUAUCUGGUACAGCUAUUGAACCUACUUAUAGUUUGGAUGAAGAAAUAAUCAGCAAUUCAGUGCAAGACUGUGUACUGCCAAAUGACCCAGCUAUACAAGAGAAAGAAUCAGCUACCUUCAUACAGCUAACCUCCAUCACAUCCAAAGACAUAGCUGACCCUCAUUUGCAGAUGACUAAAGCCCAGUUCCUUGCACAGUUGGCUGUGUCACCCGUAGUUCAAGCCCCAAAAAAGCUAUCUGGGCCUUCAGAACCCUUUUACUGUCAAAAGCUCAUGUGAUGCUACAGAUGAGUUUGCAUACCAGAAACUUAAGGCAUCCACGAAUGACUUUGCAGAUGCCACAACUCCUUGUGCAGAGACCAGCACUGGUGACAAGAGGAAAUUACAGAAAAAUUCCCUUGUGGCCCGACUCCGAAGUCACCUCAGAACUCACUUGCAAGCUAGAAGAACUGAAACAAAUACAGAACUUCUCAAAGAAACUGAGACCACCCCUGUAAGCCCUGAGAAACCUAGAUUGGAGAAUGUCAGUCAAAAGGAGACAAACACUCCUAGUGAACCUGUAAGUCUUAAUAAGCUGCAUGUAGAUGAUGUUACAUCUCUAAAAAACAUACCUAAUGACCCCACUUCCAUUAGUCCUAGGAGAUCUGAACUAUGUAAAGAUGGUGUCAGAUCGAAGAGGACUUUUAGUGAACCAACAUCUGUCAGUUGUAGGUCAAAAUUAUCUAAAAAUAGUCCUGACCCUAAAACAGCGAAUAGUAAAUCCACUCCUGUGAGUCCUAGAAGGUCUAGUUUUGCCAGAGAUGCUGUUGACCCUGAAAAUACAAAAUCCAUUUCUGUGAGUCCAAGGAGUUCUAGUUCAACUAGAGAUGGUGGUAGCCCUAAAAAGACUAAAUUCCCUUGUGUGAGUCCUAGAAGGUCUUGCUUAACUAAAGAUGGUGCUAGCACUAAAAAGACUAAAACCACUUCUGAGAGUCCAACGAGGUGUAGUUCAGCUAAAGACAAUGCUAGCCCUAAAAAGACCCAAUCAACUUCUCUGAGUCCUAGGAGGACUAGUUCAACUAGAGAUGGGGCUGCACCUAAAAUUACAAACUCCACCUCUGUGAGUCCUAAACACUGUAGUUUAAUUAGAGAUAGUGCUAGCCCUAAAAAGACUAAAUCCACAUCUGCCAGUCCUAGAAGGUCUAGAUCAGCUAGAGAACAUGCUAGCCCUAAAAAGACCAAAUCUACUUCUGUCAGACCUAGGAAGUUGAGUUUGAUUAAAAACGGUAGUAGCCCUGAAAUGUCUUCCAGUGAAUUGACUACUGUCAGCCUUAGGAGGUACACCUUUACAAAAGAUGGUUCUAGCGCUAAACAGAUUAAAAGGGAAUCUAAUUUUUUCAGUCCUAGGAGGUAUAGCACCACUACAGAUGGUGGUGAAAUUGGCACUCUAAGUGCUAGGUGGCCUAAAUUGGCUAAAGAUGGUACCAGUCCUAGAAAGACUGGGGAAUCCACUCCUGCUAAGAGACCCAGAUUAAUUCAAGAUGGUACCAUUCCAAAAAAGUCUUUAAGAUUGGUGAAUGCCAAGAAGUUAUCUAAAGCAGCAAAAGCAAAGACACUAGCAAAAAUGAAAAACUCUAAUCAAUCAACAUUGCAGAAUGGAACAAAAACAAGUCAUUUAGCAAAGAAUGUUGACAACUGUGAGGUUGUGAAAAGAUGCACGUCUAAAGCUGUGUGGAUUCCUCCUAUAAUGCCAGUCAGCAAAACAGCUUCAGUGGGGAGAAAGAGAUCAUCACUCUUACCAAUAAAGAAAGAGACAAAUUCCCCAAGAUCCAAGAAUCAUACAGUAAUUUACCCCACUGUUAGAGGUCCACCUAUUGUAUCACCAUUACAGCCAUUAUUAGUCAUUGGUAGGUGCCUGCUCAAGAACCAGUGUGGGGAAUGUGGUCGUGUCCUCAGUAGCAGUGCUGCCCUGGAGAGCCAUGUCAGUUGCCAUACAGGUCACCGACCAUUCUCUUGCACACUCUGUGGGAAGAGCUUCCCAGACUCCAAAGGUUUUAAACGGCAUGGCAGGGUGCAUCGCAAUGGUAGGAUCCAUAUCUGCCAGCAGUGCGGGAAAGGGUUUGUCUACCGUUUCGGCCUCACCAAACACCUGCAGAUGGUGCACAGCAGAAUUAAACCUUUUGUUUGCCAGAUCUGCGGCAAGGCAUUCUUCGCAAAGCGAGAUGUGGAAACCCACAUACGGAUCCACACGGGGGAGAAACCAUUCCCUUGCAACCUCUGUGAAAAAAGAUUUGCAAGGAGAGUAGAACUGAAUGUGCAUUUGAGGUGGCAUAAUGGUGAGAAGAGACACUGGUGUCCAUACUGUGGGAAGGGAUUUUUAGAUUCCAACAACCUGAAAAGGCAUAAGUAUACUCACACUGGAGAGAAACCACAUUCCUGUCCACACUGCUCUAAGAACUUCACACAGUCAGGCCACCUGAAAAAGCAUGUUAAAAAUGUGCAUAAAAUCCAAUGAGAGAUGGACAUCCAAGAUGCCACCAUGCUCCACUGAGAACAACCUCUGUUUCUGUAUUGAGAGGUUGCAAUGUGAGAAUACUUGGUGUGGAAGGGAUUGGUUUGAAUUUGACUCAAAGCAAUGUCUUUCUAAAGCAAAUGUUAAUAGGAAAUUCCAAGCUUUUUUGAUGUUUUUAUCAGAAGAUAUCUUUUUGUUGUAUUUUUCUAGAGGCUUCAACAAAUAGUCCUAAAUUUUGGUAAAUCACUUCACUAUUUUGCUGAGAGUUACAUGUGAGGAUUUUUGCCACUCAUGGCUGUGUUAAGUAUGGAGCUGGAGCCAGGAAGCGAUUAACUUAGACUUGAAACAGCACUUCAUAACCCUACUAAUUAUCAGGGUUGCGUAAAGAGCCACUAUAAGAUAAAUAAAGAGUUUGCUGAACUGUAAAUAAUGCAAAGAUGUUCCAGAGUAGAGCCCCAGAUUAAAAAUAUAGACCUGGAAAUGUGGAUAAUAUGCCCCCUUGAAGAUAUGUUGGUAGGCAGUAGGGAUGUGCAGAGAGCCCGGUAUUUGUAUUUGUAUUUAUAUUUGUUGAUGCAGCAAAAUUAUUUAUAUUUG